CGGAGACACCUCCCACUUCUACAUCAUUUGAAACUGCCACUUCCUCCGUGUCGUUUUAUGAUGUACUCUAACCCACCGUCUCCUCUGACUCUUCAUUCUGGUGGCAGGGUGUUGCACUGCUGAAGCUCCUCAGGCUCAAUCACACGACUCCCAGUUCACCAUGUCCAGGAAGGUUGUGAGAUCCAGCAAGUUCCGUCACGUCUUUGGCCAGGCUGUGAAAACUGACCAAUGCUACGAUGACAUCCGAAUCUCGCAGAUGACAUGGGACAGCAACUUCUGCUCCGUUAACCCCAAAUUCGUGGCCAUGAUUGUGGACGCCAGCGGCGGAGGAUCGUUCAUGGUGUUGCCCCUGAACAAGACAGGGCGUAUCGACAUGUCCUACCCCACCGUGUGCGGCCACACAGGUCCGGUUCUGGACAUCGAGUUUUGUCCUCACAAUGACAACAUCAUUGCCAGUGGCUCUGAGGACUGCAGUGUCAUGAUUUGGGAGAUCCCGGACGGCGGGCUGACCACAUCACUCACAGAUCCUGUCGUCAAGCUGGACGGACACUCCAAACGUGUCGGCAUCCUGAGCUGGCACCCCACCGCCCACAAUGUGCUGAUGAGUGCAGGCUGUGAUAACGUGUUGAUCCUGUGGAACGUGGCUCGAGGGGAGGCGGUGGUGAGGAUCGACACCGUGCACACUGACCUCAUCUACAGCGCCUGCUGGAACAGGGACGGCUCCAGGAUUCUCACCUCCUGCAAGGACAAGACUAUGCGGGUGCUGGACCCACGCAAGGGCACCGUCCUCAUUGAGAAGGAGAAGCCUCAUGAGGGCUCCAGGCCUGUCAGGGCGGUGUUCGUGUCCGAUGGCAAGAUCCUCAGUACCGGCUUCAGUCGCAUGAGUGAGAGGCAGGUGGCGCUGUGGGACCCAAAGAACUUUGGAGAGCCGCUGACCCUGCAGGAACUGGACACCAGCAGCGGCGUCCUUCUGCCAUUUUUCGACCCAGACACUGGAGUCGUCUACCUCUGCGGCAAGGGGGACAGCAGUAUCCGUUACUUUGAGGUGACAGAUGAAGCUCCUUAUGUCCACUACCUAUCCAUGUACAGCAGCAAGGAGAGCCAGAAGGGGAUGGGAUACAUGCCCAAGAGGGGCCUGGAGGUCAACAAAUGUGAAAUUGCCAGGUUCUACAAACUCCACGAGAGGAAAUGUGAACCCAUAGUCAUGACGGUGCCACGCAAGUCUGAUCUGUUCCAGGAGGAUCUGUACCCAGACACCAUCGGCCCUGAGCCUUCAGUCGAGGCCGACGAGUGGUUUCAAGGAAAAGAUGCCCAGCCUAUUCUGAUCUCUCUAAAGGACGGGUUUGUAGCAACCACCAAGGCCAAGGAGUUCAAAGUCCACAAGAGUCUCCUGAAGACCACGACCGCCUCUGCUGGGAGUCAACAGGAAAACAGCGAGGAGGUCCAGUCCUUGAGGAAGGAGGUGAAAGACCUCAAAGCAGCGAUAGAGGAGCUGACCAAGCGUGUGAGUGAGCUGGAGAGCAAGCAUUAAGCAAGAAAAUUCAAUCAAGAGCAAAAUCAGGAGAGAGUCAGUGGAGCAAAGAAAGACUGUUGUGACUUUGAGACAAAGGGAGAGAUUUUAAGACAACAGUUGGUAAAAAUGAAACUUCAUUGUUCUUUGGCAUGAAGCUUGAAUUUGUUUAUUUGGUUUGAUCAAGUUUUUAAAAAAUCCUAUUUUAAUAUAUGCUUUUAGUUUGAAAUAAAGUCCUCUGUAUUUUCAAAA